AUGUGCCUCUACCUCUUCGAAGUUUGCGACCGCUGCAAGGAGUCAACUCGCCUGCUGUCAUAUAUCAAACCUUGCGACAAGGAAGCCGAGAGGCUCAAGUCCGGGGAUCUAUAUGCGUGUCGGGAGCAUCAUUCCGCCUUUCGUUACACAUUCCGCAUCCUCAUUAAGGACACUGGUGGACUCGGCUGUAUUCAUAAGAGGAGGUUCACUGACCAAGCACAGCCUCAACAGGCCUGUGUCCCCCGGCCAGCGAUCGAUGGGCUUACCUUUGUCUCCUUUGAGGAGUUUUCCGAGCACGCUCACAACGGCCGCCUUGGCGGCCACAUGAACAAUUACGACUGGCCCUUCACCAACAAAUGGACCAAGAAAGACGACCAGGUAAUCAAGACCAAAAUCUUCUUCAACCGCGUGGACGCCGUCCGUGAGGAGAUGACCCAGAAAAUGGGCGCCAACCAGCAAGGAAGUCUUCCUUGCGUCCAGUUCUACUACCCAGGGCAGAACCCUGGCACCGACCGCUCGGUCUUGUCCAUCGCACUUGGACAAGCCGACGAGCGCCAAGGGCAGGAUGGCGGCCAAACGCCGUCUAUUAACACGGCGGAAAUGCCAAACGCGACGCAGUCGCACACCGCCCUUGGCGGCGGUUACCAGGCUUGCUGGGGUGACCAUCUCAUCGACCCAACCCUGCUUGGCCAGCAGCAGCAGGAGCAACAAUUUGCCGACAAGUUCCAGCCCGCGCAGGGACCAGCUGUGGAUGCCCCCGCUGCCUCGCCCUUCGCCCCGGGUGGCUCACCCUUCGCGGCGGCCGGUGCGCCUGGCGUCGGUGGACCGGCUGGCGUCGGUGGACAGCCUAACGCCACUGGACAGGUUGUUGUCAGCGGACCGCCCGCCGCUGCUAACAACAACAACAACAACAACAACAAUAACCCCGCGGCCACAAGUCGUGGAGGAUGGACCGAUGAAAUGAAGCAGAUGCUUGUUUACCUGCAUGACCUAGGAUGGAGUUAUCAAAAAAUGAUUGACGAGAUUCCCAUGUUCCACGGCCGUACCCGCAAUGCGCUCGAGUCCAUGCGCUAUAAGAUCAAGAAAGAAGGGUUGCUUGAAGAGCAGUAG